AUGCUCGAGACAUGCACGGAAACAGCAGACCAGACGAACAUCUGCUGGAGUAAACUAGACAACCCCCUCAUUUCCCUCAACGCGACCGCCGUAAACGAAACAGCGCAGUCUCUCAUAUCGGCUCGCCCUUCGGCCCCUACCUACGCGAUCAGCCUGUCUGCUCUACAAGCGCUUUCGCCGACCAGCGCGGCUGCGUCGUCAGUAACCCCGAGCGUAUCCGGAGGACAACCCAUCGCUACAACCUCGCCGUCUGGAGGAUCACAAGAAACGGCUGCCUCGCCCCCUUCACCAAUCGCGACAAAGGACAAAGCGUCGGGUCUCUCAGGUGGCGCGAUAGGCGGCCUGGUCGGUGGAAUAGUCGGUGGCCUCGCUCUACUCGGUCUGGCUGGAUUUCUGUUCUGGCGCAGAAAGAAGAAUGGCAAGCGAAAUCCGUAUGAGCCAGCCAAUUCGCAUACCGCGCCUAUGUACCCAGCCGGUUCUCCUGGUGAAAUGGACUCAAACCAGACGUAUACGCAGGGACCGGCAACUGAGAAAUACGGAUAUGCGGUCAGUCCUGUAUCGGAAGUGCCUGCCGAUAGGGCACCAGUAGAGCUACCAGCUGGCACGACAUACAACAGAUAG